AUGUUGGCUUUGGAGAAGGCGGGGCCGUUGUUCACUGGCUGGGCACGAUCAUGCUUAACAUGUCUACCGGGCGAGGAUGGCUGUCAACCUAGACAAGCUGGGAACGGCGUUCAACGAGAGAUGAAAAUAUGCCACACUCAACCACACCUUGUCCCACCCAUGAAGCUGGUGGUAUACGAUGAUAUCCCUAGUCCAAGUAUCCAUCAACAUCGGAACUCACUGUCAUCAUGGUUCAAUGACAGUCGGAACUUGGCCUCGCGAGCCUCUCACCGGGCAAGCAUGACUUUGAAACGAUCUUCAACAACCCCAUUGAAGAUUGGCGCACCUUCAGACUUUCGCAGAGUGCAAUCCUUCCACGAUCACCCAUCUCAGUCAUUCCAAGCUCCUCCGCCCCAAACUUAUCAACCAUUGGACCUUCGCAUUCAUCGAUCAGGCAAUCGACUAUCAGACCUACCUUCGUUCGAAGCCUUCCAGCUAAACGAAAGCACCCAGCGCAAGACGCUACCGGUGCCCCCUCGUGCCUUGACAACUUCAACCGGCGUUCGAGAUCGAUAUUGCCAAAAGGCAUUUAUAGUCUCUCGCAAGCCAGUUGGGUCACAGAAACGCCGAUCGCUUGGAAACCUGGAGCCUUCGUUCGUAAAAGAACCCGUUCGCACCACGAGUACUCUGGUCCCGCAUUUCUCGAGAGUCACUCCCAUCGAGAUCCCUCUCCCAGAAGCUCCAGCAUCUCCAGUCCAUAGUAGGUCAAAGUCGGAAGGGAACCAGCUUACGUUGAACACCCCAUGGCCGAAUGACGCAAACACAAGCCAACCCUGGGAAAGAGUACCUCGAACUCCACCUACAUCGAAGGGCCUGUACAGAGAAUCGUUGGAUACAUCACCAUCCAAGUACUCGGCAAUGUCCAAGAACAGUCUCUCGUUAGCCAGCUCGCGCACGAUGCCAUCACAGAUCUCAUCACUACACCGUCCCUCCAUUCCGCUCCCCGACAACCGAGACACAAUCAAUUCAGUCCGCUCCUCUAUUUCUAACCGCGUAAAUCAGUGGAUGUUCCCUACACCCACCAAGCCCUCUAUGUCUCCGAAGCAAGCAUAUAUAUCCGGCGACAACGGGUUUAAUUGGGAGCGAGCCCGCACGCUGAGCGGCACCACAGUCGCAUCGACUACCACGACCAUCACUGGUGGUGCAAGAGUACGGAACAAUAGCUCCAUCUCUAGUGUCUUCUCUAGUGCCAUCACUCCCCGCGCCUCAUUCCAGGUCCCUUCAUCUACUACAGAAAAGGACGUUGACUCUAGUGUCUACUACCCGACCAUCUUCGAGGGUGAGCAGCAGCACCAUAAGUUCUCUUCGUAUCGCGACAAUGGACAUAUGCGGUACCAGGAGUCCGGUAUCGGGUUGGCAUUUUGA